CGAAAAGUCAGUCAGAAUCUUAACUCUUACAGAGAAAGAAGCACACUCGCUUCUCUCAAUCCAUCGAUCUACCUUCCAUUUAAUGGAAAAGGAUCUCACAGUUCACCGAUCCUCAUACUUCUCCGGCGGCUGCAUGACGUUGACCGUGUCUCCGUCGUCGUCGUCGUGCUUCGCCGUCCAUGACGAAUUUCACUACUCACGCAUCCAUUGCUGCGUCGACGAGCACGACACCAACAACAACCAGCCUUCCAAUCAUAGCAAGAAAGGAGGAGGACGAUGGAGAAAUCUCCUUAAAAGGUUCAUGAGGGAAGGCAAAAUCACGUGCGGAUCUAAAUCGUUAUCGUUUCAAUACGAUCCUGUUAGCUACUCCCAGAAUUUCGACGACGGUAGCCACCUUCACGAUCCCCGGCCCCUCCCCCUACUCUUCCACGAUCUUAGUUCUGGUCCAGUACUGGAUCAGUCGGAAUCUACAGGAAAGCAUGAAUAGGCUGUUUAUCCAAGUCACAUCACAUAGUGCCCUUAGUCUUACCCUGCAGGUCAGGUCUACAUUAUCCUGAGUUUGAAAUUCCACUUUCCCUGAAAGGAGAAAAGGAGAUGCUCCGAUGAAAAGGAUUGGGUACUAUUUCUAUUAUUGUGAUUAAUUACCAUUAACGACGAAGAAUGGCGGUAGAAGUGAAGCAAAUCGUGUCUCUCUCGCUCAACACGCGCACACACGGAGUUAACGAAGGUCUCAAACUGCAAUUUCCUGGUGAAUAAUAUUUGAUGCUGCGUGUUGAGUGGAAUGAUACUCUGGUUUCCUUUCUAGCCAAGUGAAUGGAAGUGUGAAUAUUGUGCGAUUAUUGAAACGAUGUCCCAAAUUGAUGAAACAUGCUUAGUGUGUUUAGCU